CGGUUCAUUCUCUUGGGAGACCCAUGGCAGAAUCUGUUUAAAUGCUUUCUGAGAGACCCCGGACCCCCAGGCACACCUUGGGCUGCUGCAGGAGCUCAGCAUUCCUCGGGGAGCCCCCCUGACAGCACACCAGGACACCUGGGAGGGACAACUGGACCGUGAAUCCAUCCCCUACUCCAGGAGGCUUCAGAGCAUCACCGCACCCAGAACAUCCCACCAUGAAUGGGUACUUGAAGGAAUCCAAUUUCCUGAUGGUGGAGGAAGGCUUCACCACCAGAGACCUCCUGGAGAACCUCCUGGGGGAGCUGUGCCAAGAGAGCGAGCAGCAGGCAUUCUUCGUGGCAGACCUUGGGGACAUUGUGAAGAAACACCUGCGUUUCCUGAAGGCCUUGCCCCGAGUGAAACCCUAUUUCCCAGUGAAAUGCAACGGCAGUGAAGGGGUGAUUCGGCUGCUGGCAGAGCUGGGGGCAGGAUUUGCCUGUGCCAACAAGGCAGAGAUCAGCAGGGUUCAAGGCAUUGGGGUCCCAGCUGACAGGAUCUUCUACAGCAGCCCCUGCAAGCAGGUCGCCCACAUCAGGUACGCGGCCACCCACGGCGUGAGGCUGAUGGCCUUUGACAACGAGGUGGAGCUGAGCAAGGUGGCCAGGAGCCACCCCCGUGCCAGGCUGUUGUUGGGGAUCACUGCUGACUCCAUCCCUUCUGCCCACCCGAGCAUGGCUUUUGGGACCACGCUGAAAUCCUGCCGGCACCUGCUGGAGACAGCCAAGGAACAGGCUGUGGAGGUUGUUGGCAUCAGCUUCCACCUCGGGAGCCGUGGGCUGGAGCCCCAGGCCUUGGCCCAGGCUGUGGCUGCAGCACAGCUGGUGUUUGACAUGGGCACGGAGCUGGGACACCACAUGCACCUCCUGGACAUUGGAGGGGGAUUCCCUGGCACCGAGGACACCAGAGCCCCUCUGGAAGAGAUCGCUGCUGGGAUAAACUCUGCCUUGGAUUUGUACUUCCCUGAGGGCAGUGGGGUGGACAUUAUAGCCAGGCCUGGGCGUUAUUAUGUCACCUCUGCCUUCACCUUGGCUGUCAGCAUCACUGCCUUGGAGGAGAUCCCCACGGAGCAGCCUGGCUCUGACGAGGAAGAGUGUGGCAGCAAGAAGAGCCUGGUGUAUCACCUCAGUGAUGGCAUCUACGGUGCCUUCAGCUGCCUCCUGUUCGACAGCCCCUGCCCCAGGCCCAGGCUGCACAAGAGACCCUGCCCGGAGCACCCCUGGCACAGCAGCAGCCUCCGGGGCCCGGCGGGAGGGGGCGAGGAUCGCAUCGCUGAGGGGCUGGAGCUGCCCCUGCUGCACGUGGGGGACUGGCUGCUUUUUGGGAACAUGGGAGCCUACAGCAUGCCCACAUCACCCCUGCUCACAGCCGGUCCCAAACCACACGUCACCUACGCCAUGUCCCGCAUGGCCUGGAAAGCCAUCCAGCUCUUCCAGGGAAAGCCACUCCAGACAGAAGACGACCGUGAGAGCCUCUGCACCCCUCUGUCCUGCGGCUGGGAGAUGGCAGAGACACUUUGUGUCACCCCUGUCUUCGCUCCAGCUGGCAUCAUCUGAGCAGUGCUGGCACUGUGAGAGAAGGAGCCACGGUGGGAAAGGUCCUGUGGUGGUACUGGCAGGGGAAAUGUCCCAUAAUGGUAUCAGGGUGGGAAAAAUCCUAUGGCAGCAGCAGGGGAAAAGGUCCCACAGUGGUACUGGAGGGAUAAAAAUCCUACAGUG